ACGGACACUACCGGGAAAAAGAUUCCACUUUCAGUCGGCGAAGUUUCCUUUUCUCUCACUUCUCUCUGUCUUCUUGCUAUUUUGCUUUCUGGGUAUCAAAUAGAACCAACAUUUCUUCAAUCUUCUGUUUGGUUUCAUCGAAAUUCUUACUUUCUUGGAAAUGGAUAUGUGGAAUUCUUUCCUAAAUUGGCUUCGGAGCUUCUUCUUCAAACAGGAAAUGGAACUCUCCCUUGUAGGCCUUCAGAAUGCAGGAAAAACAUCUCUCGUCAAUGUGAUUGCCACCGGAGGCUACAGUGAGGACAUGAUUCCAACUGUGGGAUUCAAUAUGCGGAAAGUUACAAAAGGAAAUGUCACAAUAAAGCUUUGGGAUCUUGGAGGGCAACGGAGAUUUCGCUCCAUGUGGGAGCGCUACUGUCGGGGUGUCUCUGCUAUUCUGUAUGUUGUCGAUGCUGCAGAUCGAGACAGUGUUCCCAUUACUCGUAGUGAGCUACAUGACCUCUUGACAAAACCUUCACUGGCUGCAAUUCCUUUGCUUGUUCUUGGUAACAAAAUUGACAAGUCAGAAGCACUUUCAAAGCAAGCGCUGGUAGAUCAGCUAGAUCUGCAAACGAUCGCGGACAGAGAAGUGUGCUGCUUCAUGAUCUCAUGCAAGGAUACCAUAAACAUAGACGUUGUCAUCGAUUGGCUUAUCAAACACUCUCAAACAGCAAAAUGAUCCAAUGCUGUCACCUUAUCUGUGCUGUACUCUUGUCGGGCCUUUUUUGAGAAUGGAUCAAGAGUGAACUUGCAUGCAUGCUUCACUGAAAGUUUUCAGCCUGAGAAACAAACUGAUGGUUAAUUCUCUUACGCCUUUCAGUUGCAGAUCUCCAAACUGCGUACUUGUUUUUUGGUUGUUCUUUAAUAGUUCAGGCAAGUAUUCCAUUCAUUGUUAAUCCAUAUACUGUUCUCUUGGUUUGAAUUUUUUUUUUUUCCUUCGUAUCCCGACGUUGCCAUGAAGAUUUGAGAUGGUACUGUUGUGUAGAUUUGCGGAUUCUGCUUUUAUUCCAUAUGCUUGCUACAAGGUCCAUUUGAGUGAAUUGGCUAAGCAAAGUAUUGAAUUCUGUGAAUAUCAGAUUGCAGAUUCUGCUUCUUAA